CCUAAACCCCUUUCGAACAAAAUGCUCUCGCCUGCGCAGAGGCACCUCUCUUCAGCUUCUUUUCGUUGCUCUGAAAUCUGAAUCCCUAGAACCCUUUCGAGGCACCUCUCUUCUUCUCGUUGCUCUGAAUCCGGCUAUCUUUGGCGAAGGCGGAAACCUGAGUUGCUGCUCUGUGGCCGCUGAUUCUUAGCUCGAGGAACUGGGUUGGUGAAUAACUCCAUGGGUGGGCAUUGUCCAGCUUGAGCAUCGAUUCGGUGUCGAUUGGAGAGAACUGGGUCGUCGGCGAAUAACUCCUCGCCUUCUCCUACUCCAUAUUCUGUUCUGAACUUGCCGCCUUUGUUCAAUGGAAUCUCAGGACAGUGAGAUACCAUUAUCACAAAAUGUUUCAUCUAGUGUUGCUCGUCCUAGAAGUGGGCACUCCAAAAGCACCAGUAUUCCGCCUAGACAUCCUGCAACGUCUUCCUCCACUUUUGCACCAUCUUCCGGUACCACCACAGUACCCAAUGCUCAAACAGAAGGUGGGGGGACAACGUCAAAAAAAAGGAAAGACAGAUCUGAUGUUUGGAGACAUUUCACACACUUGGAGAUGGAUGGAGUGAAAAAAGCUCGACAAGUACUUGAAAACGUUAAAAAAUGAGCUUGCAAUUUUAUUCAUGACCUUCAAAAGAGCAAGACAUAAAUGACGAUUACCAAAAAUCGAAUUCAAGUUUGUACA